UUCCCAACAUCCCACAUCUGAUGUGAAUGUGAUUGUUAAAGACCUACAUAACAAUCCUACAUAACAAUCCAAAUUUGAGGAUUACGGACAUCAGGAAUUUAAGUGGUUGGGAUUGUGAUACCCAACAUCCCACAUCUGAUGUAAUUGUUAAGGCUUGCAUAACAAUCCAAGUCUACUACUAUUAGCUCCAGAUUGGAAUACCCAACAUCUCACAUCUGAUGUAAAUGUGAUUGUUAAGAUCUACAUAACAAUUCAAGUCUAUUACUAUUAGCAAUUUAAGCUUAAGCAUUUGAAGGUCACGUGAUUUAGGUCCAAAGAGUUACUGGACUAAUGGUUGAACUUGGAUCGUUACAUGGUUUAGGCUCAAAGAGUUACCGAGUCAAUAGUUGAACUUGAGUCGUUACAAAUAUAGAAUGAGUCAGAGCUAUUUGAAUUUGAAUUGAAAUUUUAUCAAAACAAACCGUGCACGAGAUCAUCCAAAAAUAUAGGGUAGAUUGAAGUAAAUGAUGGUUUUUGGUCCUAUUGGAGUAGUUGAAGUAUGUUAGAUUCAAACUAACGAGGACACCAUUGAUUUCAUCGAUACUAGUGUCUUGUGGCAUGUGGUGUCCACAAAAAACCAUAUUCAAGUAUUGGGUCAAAGUUAAAAGUGCAAAAUGUGUUUAAUCGACCAACAUUUGCCAUGUAAUGAAACUAGAAGACAAAAGCAUUGUCUGGUCUAAGGUCUAAGGUCUAAGGUCUAAGGUCUAAGGUCUAAGGUCUAAGGUCUAUGGUCUAAGGAUAAUGGGAACACAAUCUAGUAUAUAACAAGGCAUAUGGCCAAUGACCCAAAGACACCUCGACCAUACUUUUUCGUAAAGUCCAACACCAAUUCAGUUUGGUAAUUUGGCUACUACAGAACAACAGUGAUGCAUCUUCGAACCUUGUUGCUACCAACGGCUGGUUUCAUAGAUCUUCACACUGGGUCCUUGUAAUGUUCGCUACCAUACUCUUAUUUCUUUCCAAGAAUUAAUGCCACCAACGCCCCUGGCUUUCAGCUCACACUCUUCUCAUGGCAUAGGUUUCUUCUCUAACGGAGGUUGGUUAUUUUUUCAGGCCAGACAGCCUAAGGUGACAGUUUACCGCCAUUAAUUGUGCAUCAACAAUCUGAUACAAAGCUAUGGCAUGCACAUCGAUGGCUACCCCUACCUCUCAGGCUGCCUCAGCUGCGAAAGAUGGAUGCAAAGAAGAGAUCAAUGGCCUUCGCCGAUCACACUCUGGCAUAAAUCUUCAUAAGAGAGUAGGCAUUCAAAGGUCUUUUUCGGAUAAUCACCUUUGUUACUCUAUCAAUCGAAUACGUGUUGCAUCAACAAAACCAGCCUUGAAGAAUAGCCGUUCUGUUGGGAUUUUCCCGACGCUCCCAUUCCAAAUAUCCAGUUCCAUAAUUCCAAACACCUUAAGAUCAUUUUUGUUUGACUUGGAGACGAGUAAGGAUUUGAGUCUGGCGGACAAGGAUGUGAAUAUUGAUAAGAACUCCAUGGAAAACAAUGAAGAAGAGAAUAAAAUCAAUAGAGCGAAUUGGGUGAAUAGGUUGCUGGAGAUUCGACGUCGCUGGAAUUAUAAACAACUGGAAGAGGGUGUCGAUGGAGUUGGGAUUUAUGAUGACAAUGAAAGUGGCGAUGGUGAUGGUGAUGGAGACGAAGGUGGCUGUGAGGUGAACUAUGACUCGGAAGAAGAAGGAGGUGGAGGAGGUGAAGUGAAAUAUGACCGUGAAUCUUUCUCGAAAUUAUUAGUUCGGGUACCAUGGUCCGAUGCCAAGCUCUUUUCUCAGCUGGCCUUCUUGUGCAACAUGGCUUAUGUGAUACCAGAGAUUAGGGAAAAGGAUUUAAGAAAAUAUUAUGGCCUACAGUUUGUAACAUCGUCCCUAGAAAAGAAAGCAGAAGUGGCUACAAUCAAAGCAAAAUUAGAUCAGGACUCUACUCGCGUACCUGUUGCUGCAUCAGAAAAUACCGAAUCCAAGUCAGAAAAAGGGAGGACUCUACUCCCUUUAUCUGUUGUUUAUGAAAUUGCUGCUUCAGCUGCAUGCUAUGUUCAGUCACGGGCAAAAGGCCUUUUGUCCCCUGGCUCUAAGUCACAGGAGGAUGCUGGUUGCAUGGAUUCAUGUAGGUCUGGAAACCAGCCAGAAAUGGAGGGGGAGAACUUGCCCCGAGUAUAUAACUCAGAGGUGGCUGCUUAUGUGGCAGCAUCAACAAUGACCGCUGUCGUUAGAGCCGGGGAGAAGGAAAAACAAGAGACAGCUAAGGACCUUCAGUCACUAGACUCAUCGCCUUGUGAAUGGUUUGUUUGUGAUGACUUAAGCACAUAUACCCGCUCUUUUGUAAUUCAGGGAUCAGACUCUCGAGCGUCGUGGCAGGCAAACCUUUUCUUUGAGCCCACUAAUUUUGAGGGAACCGAUGUGCUUGUUCAUAGGGGAAUUUAUGAAGCUGCAAAGGGCAUAUACGAACAAUUCAUGCCAGAAAUUAUGGACCAUCUGAAAAGGCAUGGAGAUCGCGCAAAGCUUCAAUUUACUGGUCAUUCCCUCGGGGGUAGUCUUUCUCUUUUAGUUAACUUGAUGCUGCUAACUAGGAAGGUUGUAAAGCCUUCUGCUCUUCGACCAGUUGUCACUUUUGGCUCACCGUUUGUGUUCUGUGGAGGCCAAAAGAUACUAGAUGAACUGGGGCUAGAUGAGAACCAUGUUCAUUGUGUGAUGAUGCACCGAGACAUUGUCCCUAGAGCCUUCUCCUGCAAAUAUCCGAACCAUGUGGCUGUUGUCCUCAAACGUUUGCCUGGUUCCCUCCGAUCUCACCCGUGUCUGCUUAAAAAUAAACUUUUGUAUACACCACUGGGCAAAGUAUUCAUUCUCCAACCUAAUGAGAAGUUGUCACCUCCGCACCCACUAAUCCCUCCAGGGAGUGCUCUUUAUGCUCUGGACAAUACACAUUGUGAAUACUCCACAAAGGCCCUUAGGGCCUUCCUUAAUUGCCCCCAUCCAUUGGACACUCUCAGCGAUCUUACAGCCUAUGGCUCAGAAGGUACUAUUUUAAGAGAUCAUGACUCCAGCAACUACUUGAAGGCAGUUAAUGGGGUCUUAAGGCAAGACAAAAAGGUGGAUGUCCGCCGGGAGAGGAUACAGAGAAGCUUAUUGUGGCCAUUGCUUGUUUCGCCAUCUCCCCACUCUUGGAGCCAUGAUAGAACUUUGGAGAGCAGCAUGUUAUCAAAUAAGGAGAUAAUGACCAGUGUGUGAACUCUAAAGACUUCUCCAUGGUUGCCCCACAGAUAUACAAAAGAUGUUAACAACACAUAGCAGAGUCUAAGCUUUUUUCUUUUUCAUUUUUUUCCCUUUUUACCAUAAUGUAAUGGCAAAUACAAAGUCCAAGGUCAAAAUCCAGCAUCUCCAAGCCUCCCUCCCCUGAUUUUCAUGAUAUUGAAAGAAAAAAAGAAAAGAAAAACCCCUGUAAAUUCACUGAAAUUAUAGUCUUUUUGCUCUGUCUCCAUGUUAUUCAUCAUUGACUAACACCGUUUUAAGUGUUAAUAAAAUGUCAAUGUUCUCUUGUCUUCA